ACCUGUUAUAUAUAAAUACACUCAUGCAAGUAUAUACAUAUUCGUUAAAGUGCCUAUCUUCAGCCUCAUACUCAAACCGAUCAAAAUCAAGAGUUUGAGGAGAAAGUUUUAAGCAAAUGGAAAAGCUGAAUUUUGUGAAAAAUGGAGUAAGCAAAUUGCCUCCUGGUUUUUGUUUUCAGCCAACGGACGAAGAGCUUGUCUUUCAUUACUUGAAAUGUAAGAUCUUCUCUUAUCAAUUGCCUGCUUCCAUUAUUCCUGAGAUCAAUGUCUGCAAGUUUGAUCCUUGGGAUUUGCCAGGAAAUUGUGGUGAGCAAGAUAAGUAUUUCUUCAGCAGCAAGGAAGCCAAGUAUCGAAAUAGCAAUCGCAUGAACAGAACAACCAGCUCUGGUUAUUGGAAGGCAACAGGAUCAGACAAGAAAGUUAGUGUUUCUUCAUCACUAAGUAAUGGAAUCGCGGGAAUAAGAAAAAGUCUUGUAUUUUAUCAAGGAAAAUCUCCAAAUGGAUCUCGAACUCAUUGGAUCAUGCAUGAAUAUCGCCUAGUUAGCUUAGGAACUACCGCUUGCAAUCAGUUGCAGAACUAUGCAAACGAGAUAGGGAAUUGGGUUUUGUGUCGUAUAUUCACAAAGAAAAGAAGUAAUAUAGAAAACGGUUACAUGAUGAAGAGCAAUAUAGUGAUGAAUACUAAUGUUGAGGUAGCUCAGCCAAGAUUCUUUGAUUUUAUGAGGGUACACAACUUAGCUUCGGACCCUACUACUCAUUUUUCUAUAUCGUCGUCUUGUUCGAGUUCCAGUGAGGUCUCUUCAUCAGAAGAACGAUGCAGCGAUAUAUAUACUGAUUUUUAGUUACAUUCCUUUUAUCUGCAAAGUUAAUUGUUUAUGUCUAUUGAGGAAAAUGGAUCACAUGCUUGAGAAUUGUUACUCUGAUUUGCUCCUAUAAAGAAGUUAUUGGAAUGCCUCGCAAGAGGAUCCACUCCAUACUUAUUCCAUA